UAUUGCAUUACUGUCCAAGUUGAAAACAUACCGUGUUCGUACAUUGUAGUUAAAUUUUGUGUCCAACUCUUCGUAUUGUUUUAUUUUGUGGUAUCUUGGUUGUUUCUUUAUAGUUACUACCUGAAGGGUAGCAACACACAACAGCCAAGAUGCCGCGUAUCAUGAUCAAGGGGGGUGUAUGGCGAAACACCGAGGAUGAGAUCCUGAAGGCAGCGGUGAUGAAAUAUGGGAAGAAUCAGUGGUCUCGUAUUGCCUCCCUGUUGCACCGCAAGUCUGCGAAACAGUGCAAGGCCCGCUGGUAUGAGUGGUUGGAUCCUAGCAUUAAGAAAACCGAGUGGUCCAGAGAGGAAGAGGAGAAGCUACUCCAUCUGGCCAAGCUUAUGCCGACCCAGUGGAGGACCAUUGCUCCUAUCAUAGGACGCACCGCUGCCCAGUGUCUGGAGCACUACGAGUUCCUACUAGACAAAGCGGCCCAGAGGGACAAUGAGGAAGAUACAGCUGACGAUCCCAGGAAAUUGAAACCUGGAGAGAUCGACCCCAACCCUGAAACCAAGCCCGCUAGGCCUGACCCUGUGGACAUGGACGAAGAUGAGCUGGAGAUGCUGUCUGAGGCCAGAGCUCGUCUGGCCAACACUCAGGGGAAGAAAGCCAAGAGGAAAGCCAGAGAGAAACAGCUGGAGGAGGCCAGACGUCUGGCUGCUCUACAGAAGCGCAGGGAGUUGAGGGCAGCAGGCAUCGAUGCCCAGAAGAAGAGGAAGAAGAAGAGAGGAGUGGACUACAAUGCUGAGAUCCCUUUCGAGAAGAAGCCUUCUCAGGGUUUCUAUGACACCAGCAUGGAGCUCUACGAUGGUCUGGAACCAAACUUCAAACGCCUGCGACAACAACACCUGGACGGAGAGCUACGCAAUGAAAAGGAAGAGAGGGAGAGGAAGAGAGAUAGACAGAAGAUCAAGAAGAAGAAGGAGAGUGAUCUUCCGUCAGCCAUCCUGCAGACCAGCGGAGUAGCAGAGUUCACCAAGAAACGCAGCAAACUGGUGCUGCCUGCACCGCAGAUCUCUGAUGCGGAGCUGGAGGAGGUGGUGAAGCUGGGUCAGGCCAGUGAAGUUGCUCGUCAGACCGCUGAGGAGUCUGGGAUCACUAACUCUGCCUCCUCAGCCCUCCUAUCAGAAUACAGCCUCACCAACAGCGCUAUGGCAACUGGGCUACGCACCCCCAAGACCCCCGCAGCUCAGGAUAAGAUACUACAGGAGGCCCAGAACCUUAUGGCUCUGACUAACGUAGACACUCCUCUGAAAGGAGGUCUGAACACUCCUCUCCACCAGAGUGACUUCUCAGGAGUCACACCCCAAAGACAGGCAGUACAGACACCUAAUACUGUACUGACCACACCUUUCAGAACCCCUGGUCCGGGGUCCGAGGGCAGUAUGACCCCCCAGGGAGGUUUAACCCCUAAAGGACCUGGUACUGUGACCCCUGGAGUAACCCCUGGACGCACCCCUCUACGAGACAAACUCAACAUCAAUACUGAGGAACAACUAGCAGACCCUGCCUACGCUAAACAUCUGCAACGAGAGUCGAGGGAGCAGCUGAAGCUGGGUCUGAUGUCGCUGCCGGUCCCCAAGAAUGACUUUGAGAUCGUUCUACCAGAAAACGCAGAGACUCAACUGGAGGAAAUGGAGACAGAGACCGGAUACAUAGAGGAUGCCUCAGAGAUAGAGCUACGCAAACAGGCUGUUAGGGAUGCAGAGAGGGAGAAAGAGCUGAAGCUGAGACACACUGCUGUACAGAGGACUCUACCCAGACCAUCAGAGGUGAAUGAGUCCAUCCUGCGUCCGAUGGGAACAGAUCCUCUGUCAGAGCUGCAGCAGGCUGAGGAGAUAAUCAAGAAAGAGAUGAUCACCAUGCUGCACUUUGACUGUCUACACCACCCACCAGCCAACCAACAGCGCAGCAAACAACGAGGGCCUGCCUCCACCUCCAACAACGCAGAACACAUCGCCCACCUGGACAGACACCCCUACCAGCCAAUCAGCAAUGAGGAUCUGGCACAGGCCAGUGAGUUGCUGAGCCAGGAGAUGGAGGUGGUGAGGGCAGGUAUGGGUCACGGGGACCUGUCCAUGGAGGCCUACAGCCAGGUGUGGGAGGAGUGUUACGGCCAGGUGUUGUAUCUCUCCGCCCAGAGCCGCUACACCAGGGCCAACCUAGCCUCCAAGAAGGACCGAAUAGACUCCCUGGAGAAGAAACUAGAGAUAAACCGAGGCCAUAUGACGUGUGAGGCCCGUCGUGCUGCUCGUCUGGAGCGCCGUCUCAAGGUGUUACUAGGAGGGUACCAGUCCCGUGCUGUAGGCCUGCUGAAGCAGCAUGGUGAACUGUGGGAGCAGGUUGAGCAGGCAGCUACAGAGCUCCACACCUUCACUGAGUUGAAGAAACAAGAAGACACCGCAAUACCCCGUAGACAAGAGGCUCUAAGGGAGGAUGUGGAGAGACAGCAGGAGAGAGAGAAGGAGCUGCAACAGAGAUAUGGAGACCUGCUGCUGGAGAAAGAAGCUCUGUUGACUGCCAAAUUCUAACACAUACAUACAUACACCAUAUGUGCUUACUAUACACACCAAACACACAACACCAACACAAACUAUAAAAACACAUUGAGUAAAUGCACACACGCUACUGGAGAAGGUGUCUGCUAAAGCACAGGAUCAUAGCCACCCUAGUCUCCCUCAGCAAAUCUGUGAGAAAAAAAUGUUGUGCUGAUUUGCUUUUUAUUUUCCAAAGGUAAAAAGACAUACAAGUGAAUGAUCUAUUGUAGCUCCGCCUCUGUUUUGAUGUCAUGGCCCAGUGCUGUGAGCAUGCUAAGUAGUUACCUAGUGUCGGUCUGUCCUCUGACUAGUGAUCAGUCGUUCAUGUCAUUGGAAUAAAAGAGAUCAAUACAAA